ACAUUCAAAAUACCAGAGGCAGUCCAGCAGGGAAAAGCAAUCCGAUAAGUGUAGUGUCCGUGUUGGAGGGUGUUUGCGGUGCACUUGCUUUAGAAAAAUAGCUUUUUUUUGGUCAGAAAAUAUUCUUGUAUUACUCGGAGGAGACAGCGACUGACAGAGGAAUAACAGGGGUAACAGACCUUAAAACGGGCCAGAAUGUCGGCAAACUCUUCGGUCCUUAGCAAAAAGGAGGAAAAGGCGAAAAACAUCCAGGUUGUCGUGAGAUGCAGACCGUUCAACACGGCGGAGCGCAAGUCCUCGCACUCCGUGAUCGAGUGCGACCAAGUCCGGAGGGAAGUGAAUGUGCGCACUGGAGGGGCAGGCGACAAGUCUGCCAGAAAGACCUACACGUUUGACAUGGUGUUUGGGCCUUCAGCAAAGCAAAUCGAGGUGUACAGAAGUGUCGUCUGCCCGAUUUUGGAUGAAGUCAUUAUGGGUUACAACUGCACAGUUUUUGCAUAUGGACAGACUGGAACAGGGAAAACUUUCACAAUGGAGGGUGAAAGGUCUCCAAAUGAGGAAUUUACAUGGGAAGAGGAUCCACUGGCAGGCGUCAUCCCACGAACCCUUCAUCAGAUUUUUGAGAAGCUGUCCGAUAACGGAACGGAGUUCUCCGUGAAGGUGUCCUUACUGGAGAUCUAUAAUGAGGAGCUCUUUGAUCUUCUCAGCCCUUCUGCUGAUGUUACAGAAAGGCUUCAGAUGUUUGAUGACCCUCGUAAUAAGCGAGGGGUCAUCAUAAAGGGCCUUGAGGAAGUCACAGUGCACAACAAAGAUGAGGUUUAUCAGAUCCUGGAGCGUGGUGCUGCCAAAAGGAAGACUGCGUCUACUCUGAUGAAUGCCUACUCCAGCCGCUCUCAUUCCGUGUUCUCCGUCACAAUUCACAUGAAGGAGACCACUCUUGAUGGGGAGGAGCUUGUCAAGAUCGGCAAGCUGAAUUUGGUCGACCUCGCUGGCAGCGAGAACAUUGGCCGUUCGGGGGCUGUGGACAAGCGUGCCCGAGAGGCGGGCAACAUCAACCAAUCCCUGCUGACGCUGGGCCGUGUGAUCACGGCACUGGUGGAGAGAACCCCCCAUGUGCCGUACAGGGAGUCGAAGCUUACGCGCAUCCUCCAGGAUUCUCUGGGUGGUCGAACAAAGACCUCAAUCAUCGCCACGGUUUCUCCAGCUUCCAUCAACUUGGAGGAAACUUUGAGUACGCUGGAGUACGCCAACAGAGCAAAGAACAUCAUGAACAAGCCCGAAGUGAACCAGAAGUUGACUAAGAGAGCUCUCAUCAAGGAGUACACGGAAGAGAUUGAGCGUCUGAAACGAGACUUGGCUGCUUCUCGGGAGAAGAACGGUGUCUAUUUGUCCGCAGAAAACUUCGAUACAAUGAACAGUAAGAUACUGAAACAGGAAGAACUGAUCGCAGAGUUCACAGAGAAAAUGCUGGCACUGGAGGAAGAAAUGAAAAGGGUGGUAGACUUGUUCUCUGACGGCAAGCGUGAGCUGGAGCAGUGCACAGAGGACCUGAGAGAGGUCAGGAGUCAGCUGGAUGAAGCAAACCGUGACCUCCAGCUCACCAGGAUGAAACUUGGCGAAGAGGAGUUCAUCGUCUCCCAGCUGGAAAACACGGAGAGCAAACUGUACAGCACUGCGGGCGAGCUGCUGGCCACCGUUGAAACCAGUACCAGCGACGUCUCUGGUCUGCACGAGAAACUGGACCGCAAGAAAGCCAUCGAGCGACACAACGUGGAUGCGCAGCAAGACUUCGGCAGCCGGAUGCAGGCCGACUUUAACCAGAUGCAGAAAUCCAUCGAAGAGCAGAGCGCCAAGCAUCAGGGAAUGCUGAGCUUCUAUUCUGGAUCAGUCGCGGACCUGCUGACCCUGAAUCGCACCGCUUUCGGCGAAGCCUCGUCCGUCGUAGCUUCAUCUUUUAAGAGCAUCAAGGAUCUUGUCAGCCAAAGCGUGACCAAGUGCCAAGCUGAUAUGGCACAGCAAGAGUCGCUGUGCCAGAACACAAAGGAUCGUCUUCACCAUGUUCUGGAGGAGCACAAGACUGACAUGGAAGAAGGUCUCUUGGCGAUAAUCCUACCUGGAAUAAACGCUGUGAUGGAGAUGAAUGAAACGCUGAAGGAAGCCCUGCAGAGCCAUUCCAUCUUGGCAGAAAAAAUGGAGAGCAUGAAGCAUGACAUGGCCUCGUUCUUCACUGAGCACACCUCAGCUCUGGCUAAGAUGCGUGAAUCUGCGACGGACGGCCUUCGCUCCCUGCAGGCGGAGCAGGACUGCCUGAAACAGCAGAUCAUCAAGGCAAACGAGAAGCACUCAACGGGAAUGUCCCAGGUCAUCUCCUGCCUGCAGAAUCAGCUAAACCUGCUGACAAUGGAAACCCAGAAUGACUUUGAGGCCCUGUUGAGACAGUCCGAUGCGGUGCAGGUCCCAAUGGGUAACCUGCAGCAAGACAUACAGCUGCGCUGCACCAAGUCGGAGCAGACUGUCACUUCUUGCCGAGGGCUCCUGGAGUCCUCAGCCGACAUGCUGAUCUCUGAAGCCCGGCGUACAGCCGAGGAGGGAGGUCGGGUGACCGAGGAGUGCUCCGGCCAGUGUUCCUACCUGAAGACCUCAGUCAGCCGGCUGGCUGAGACGGCCGCGGUGCAGUGCGGGGCCGCGAUGGACGGCGUGGUGUCCUAUGCUGAGGACCAGCUGUCCAUGAUCAGAACUCGCAAAGCCUCCGCUGAAACCAUGCUGGAGAGUAUUGAGGCCAGCUGUCAACAAGCCCUCCAGCAAGCGAACGGGCAGCUCCAACUGCAGCAGGCCAACGUGGAGGAGACCCUGACGAAUCUGGAAAAGCAGAUCGGCUCAGACGAGGGCGUGCUACAACGUGACGGGGCUGAGCUGGCCGCCCACGCAGAGGAGGCACUCUCCAAAGUCAACACUUUCCUGAAGGAGGAACUUAGGAGGGACUUCCCCACAGGCCGGACUCCUCAGCGCAGAGACUACGAUUACCCCAGAGUCCUCGCUAAAACCAAGAACCGGCACGAGCUACUGGAACACUUCCGGAAAGAGCAGCAGGAGCUGCAAGAAGCCCUUUCGACAUGCGAGACUGUCAAUGAAGAAAAAGAGGAACAAGUCGACCAGGACUCCCUGGAAGAAGAGGUUUGCGUCAGUAAUGACAGUGUCAUCACUGAACAUUCCUAUUAUGAGGAUAACAUCAUGUGCAAUGAAAAUGGAAGAGCUCCCUUCUUCAAGCACAAGAAAGGUGGAAAGAAGGAAAACAAGUCCUCCCUUGAUCAUUCUAAGGUAGAAAAUGAGAAGAAUUUGACCCCUGUGCGAUCCAGGCUGCCUCUCAGAGUUCAGAACUAAUAGCUGUAUGACUAAUCUUGUUUAUGAUUUGUAUGUCUGAUUUUCCUGUCACUAAGUUUAUACUAAUUUCCUUGUUCUGAAUGGUAUUUCACUUUCUUGGGCUCUAUGUUGAUGUUGGGGGGUGCAUUUUGUAACAAUUGUCAUUUGUCUUUCCAAAAAAGAAUUUUAAUCGAAUAUUUAAACAUUAAAUUUUUUUAC